UAGUUUAGCGGAUGGACAACUAGCUAGCAAACGGAAACAAAGCCGGACUCUAAAGCAAGUUCUGAUGUUACCGAGUCAAACAUUUGAGAGUACUUAGAGAUAACCUUUCAGUGUUAACAUUUUUACAGUCUAGAGCUUUGUGACGAAGAUGGGAGUACCCAAAUUUUACCGUUGGAUCUCGGAGCGCUACCCCUGUCUCAGUGAAGUUGUCAAGGAACAUCAGAUUCCAGAGUUCGACAAUCUCUACCUGGAUAUGAAUGGCAUCAUCCACCAGUGCUCCCACCCAAAUGAUGAGGACGUUCACUUCCGCAUCUCUGAGGAAAAGAUUUUCGCUGACAUUUUCCAUUACUUGGAGGUGCUCUUCAGAAUCAUCAAGCCUCGCAAGGUCUUCUUCAUGGCAGUGGAUGGUGUGGCACCCAGGGCCAAGAUGAACCAGCAGAGAGGACGCAGAUUCAGGUCUGCCAAAGAAGCAGAGGAUAAGAUAAAAAAAGCUUUGGAUAAAGGAGAGGUGCUUCCUACAGAAGCUCGCUUCGACUCCAACUGUAUCACUCCCGGCACUGACUUCAUGGCGAGACUUCAAGAGCAGCUUAAGUACUUUGUCCACAACAAGCUCUCCACUGACAAGCUCUGGCACAAUGUCAAAGUCUACUUGUCUGGUCACGAGACACCGGGAGAGGGAGAACACAAAAUCAUGGAGUUUAUUCGCUCUGAGAACUCCAAACCCAGUCAUGAUCCUAACACCCGGCACUGCCUGUAUGGCCUGGAUGCUGACCUGAUUAUGUUGGGUUUAACCAGCCAUGAGCCGCACUUCUCUCUGCUCAGAGAGGAGGUUCGCUUUGGAGGGAAGAAAUCACAGAAAAGGAUAACGGCUCCUGAAGAGACGACUUUUCACUUGCUGCACUUGUCCUUGAUGAGGGAAUACAUCGAUUAUGAGUUCUCAUGGCUUAAGAAUCAUUUGGGCUCUGCCUAUGAUCUGGAGCGAAUAAUAGAUGACUGGAUUUUAAUGGGAUUUCUCGUGGGGAAUGAUUUCAUCCCCCAUCUGCCUAAUCUUCAUAUUAAUCAUGAUGCUUUGCCAAUGCUGUACAAAACUUACAUCAGUGUGCUACCCAGCCUGGGGGGUUAUCUGAAUGAAAAUGGGCACUUAAACCUCAAAAACUUUGAGAAAUACAUGGAGAAACUUUCUGAGUUUGACCGGGAACAUUUUAAUGAAGUGUUUGUGGACUUAAAGUGGUUUGAGAGCAAAGUGGGAAACAAAUAUCUGAACGAGUCGGCUGGUCUGGCAGCCGAGAAGGAAUCUGCUGGGAAAAAGUUCAACAAGAAAAAGGAUGCGUCCCUCGGACUGUCAGCCCUGACUUCACCUGACAAAGAUACUGAACACAAAGAAGUGGCUGAGGAUGACGAUGAAGAGGAGGAGGAUGAUCUGUUUGAAACCGAGUUCAGGCAGUACAAACGCACAUACUAUAUGACCAAGAUGGCCGUAGAUGUAGUGUCUGAUGAGUUCCUUGCUCAGCAAGCCAAAUGUUAUGUGGAAGGCAUCCAAUGGAUUCUUCACUACUAUUAUCACGGAGUUCAGUCCUGGAGUUGGUAUUACCCUUACCACUACGCUCCGUUCCUGUCUGACAUCAGGAAUAUAUCUGAUUUGAAGCUGACCUUUGAGCUCGGGGAACCCUUCAUGCCCUUCCAGCAACUGUUGGCAGUCCUGCCCGCUGCCAGCAUGGGACUUCUCCCAGAAUGCUACAGGCACCUAAUGACCAGUGAGAACUCGCCAAUUAUUGAGUAUUAUCCUGUGGACUUCAAAACCGACCUCAACGGAAAGCAGCAGGAAUGGGAGGCUGUGGUGCUCAUUCCCUUCAUUGAUGAGAAACGCUUGUUAGCAGCUAUGGAGCCCUACAAUCACAAGCUGACAAAAGAGGAGAAGGACAGGAAUGGUCACAAAGAGUGUGCCGUUUAUUCCUACGACCCAGAGAUAGACUUCACAUACACCUCCACUCUGCCUCAGCUCUUUCCUAACAUCGUACACUGCCGCGUCAGGAAAGCAAACAUCCCCGUUGAUGCCUGGCACGUGUCUUCAGACCAUGUGGUCAAACAUGCUGACCGCUCAUCUCUCUACUUCUGCGGCUUCCCCACUUUGCAGCACAUUAAACACAAGUUUUACAAGAAGAAGAGUGGAGUGGUGGUGUUCCAGCAGAGCAGCAGAGGGGAAAACAUGAUGCUCGAAAUCCUCCCCACCCAGGAAGGAGAAAUGAUAUGCGAUAAUGUUGCUGCUCAAGUGCUGGGGAAGCCUGUGUUUGUCAAUUGGCCCCAUCUAGAGGAAGCUCGCAUCGUUGCAGUUUCAGACGGUGAAACGAAGUUCAUUUUAGAGGAACCCCCAGGAGUCCAAAAAGUGUACGAUAAGCCGUCGAGUCCCCCUCCCACCAAAGUCACCUACCUGUCUGACAAAGAGCAGAAGGACUGGGUGAAGGACGUUCAGGGAAUCACUGAAUUCUACUUAAAGAGAAAAGGAAUCGUAAUUAACGACACCGAUGUGGUUUUGUACGGACAACUGCUGACGGGAAGAAAAUAUGUUCCACAAGAUAAAGGAGCGGUAGAACUGGAGAAGCAGUGGGCCAAACAGGUCCUGCCUUUUGCUUACCAGGCCGUGGUUAAGGAUAUUGAGGCCUUUUAUUCAUCUUUGACAUCCUUCAAGAGCUUGGAUGAGCUCUUUCCUCCUGCAACCACAGUCUUCAUGGUGGGGGCGCCAUACUAUGGUGCAAUGGGAGAGGUUCAAGAUUCCCAAGAUGUCCUUAAAGAUGGUCGAAUACGAGUGGUGUUCAGCGUUCCUCACGAGCCGCAGAUGGAUCACUUAAUCCAGAACCAGCAUAAAUACUCUGUGAGGUACAGUCCAGGAUAUGUGCUGGCAUCCCGGCUCGGCAUCAGCGGCUAUCUUGUCUCUCGCUUCUCCGGAAGCAUCUUCAUCGGCCGAGGCUCCAAGAGGAAUCCUUGCGGGGAGCAAAAAAGCAACGUUGGCUUAAACCUGAAGUUCAACAAGAAGAACGAGGAGGUUCCUGGUUACACCAAAAGGAGCGAAAAGGAGUGGCUGUACUCUGCUGCUGUUGAAGAGCUGCUUGCUGAAUACCUAGACAGGUUCUCGGAGGUGUUUGAUGCAGUGUCCAGAAAUAGCCACGAUGACAUUUUCUAUGAAGAUGACAUUUGGCCUGGAGUGGACCAAAACGGGGCAGAGAGAGUGGCAGAAAUCACAUCUUGGUUAAGAAGUCAUCCAGUGAGCUCCAUCAGCAGGGCGUCAUGUGACCUUCAAGUGUUGGACGCUGCCAUUGUUGAGAAGAUUGAGGAAGCUGUCGAGAAAACCAAGAUAAAGAAGAGCACCAAGAAAGUCCGGGUGACCGUCAAGCCCCAUCUCCUCUUCAGGCCCCUAGAGCAGCUGCAGGGUGUGGUUCCAGACCCGGACGCAGAGUAUCGCCUCUUUGACAGAGUGGUGAACAUAAGGGAGGGCUUCACAGUCCCUCUGGGACUGCGGGGUACCGUCAUUGGCAUUAAAGGAGCUGAGCGUGAGGCAGAGGUUCUGUAUGAGGUGCUGUUUGAUGAGGAGUUUGCUGGAGGUCUCAUUAUCAGAUGCGCAUCGCCGCGUGCGUACCGCCUCCCCCCAUUCGCCCUAAUUAACCUUUCCCACGGAGUCCGAACUGAUCACGGUUUCCACAAACUGACUGCCAUCGUCAAACCUCAGCCCUCCACCGCCAACUUUUACUCAAACCGUCAAAUGGGAGGCCUCAACCACUCGCCCCGCUCCCCCUUUGUCCCAACACAGCACAACAACAAGCCCGGUGUGGUGAAAGCUGCAGCUCAGGGAAACAGGAACUCCCCCUCUAAAGGUCCUAACCAGAAACAAGUCAAGAGCAAAGAAGAGUACAACAAUGUGUGGCAGACUCUGCAGAGGGCGGGGCCUCCCACUAAGCCGCCUGCUCACUGGCAAAAUAAUGGUGGUCAUUCACAACAGGGGACGAGUCAACCCCCCAGCAAAGCUAGUCCAGCUGGAAGCAUCAGACUGUUAAAGAAGAACGAAGACGCCAGCUCUUUCUCUUCAUCUGAGAACUCAACCAAUAAAGGUAUGAGUGAAUUUGAAAUCCUGAUUUCCAGCCUAAAGGUCACAGAGAGCAGCCAGCAAGCCCCACCUCCUGCCCCCACGCAGGAGCAGAACAGCCAAUCAGAAGGCCCGCUGUCCCCUCAGUCAUUCGCAAUGAAAGGAACCCUGGUGUUAAAGGAGAUGCUUAAGAUCGACAGCGGCGGUCAAGGAAGCCCGUCAUCCCAAGAAACGGCAAACACGACGGCCUCCGCCGACCAACCGCAGAACAGGAGAAGGUCAUCUAAGAAACUAGCUGCAAAAAUGAAUGCCCCUCAGGGGGGCUCGCCUGUGCUGCCUUCACCAACACCAGCCGUCCCUCCCAACGCCGUGCCCAACAGUAAAGUGUCCGAGCUGGCCUGUGUCUGCAUGGGGUUGGGGAUGACGCCUCCUGACUUCAGCUUCCUGCGCAACAGACAGGGUUUUGUAGUGUGUCAGGUCAAGCUCUCCAACGGGUUGAUGGUUCACGGCCCACAGUGCCAGUCAGAAAACGACGCCAAGGAGAAAGCCGCCUUCUUUGCCCUCCAGAGACUGAAAUCUGUGGGUUCCGGCUUUCCCAUCCCAGCUCCUCUGUACCCAGGAUUGGGGCAAAUCCGACCCAUGUCGAUGGGAGCCAUGCCGCCUGUUUUUAACCAGCAAGGUGGCUUGCUCUUGCCCCAUCAGGGUUACCCCCACACCCCUCUUUGGGGAAUGGCCCUGCCCCCCCAUCAACACCCGAACCAGCCCUUCUAUGCAACAGCAGGGACCUUCCCAGGUGCUGCUCGUCCCCAAACGUCGCCCUCUGUGCCGAUCGGCUCUCACAACCAGUUCAUCCCGUUGCAGGUGACCAAAAAGCGAGCAUCAGCCAACAAGAAGAACCAAGAAACCAGAGAGUUUUACAGCGCAGCUCACACUGUCGCCAAGAACCAGCAGCAAAGGGCCCAGAACCAACAGUCAGGUCAGCUGCAGCCCCACGGCGAACCCCAGUCCAGCCAGCAGGAAACCUGCGCAGACCCCUCAUCUUGUCCCAGCGUUUCCACGGCAACAGCAUCCCUACGUACACCUCCUCGACAAAGCGGGCCCAGAGCAAGCCACACCCCUGGAUCCGGCUCCAAAAGGAAGCACAGGAAGUUGGCUGUCAACUUUGAGGCAGCGAAAGUGUCAGAGUGAGCCCAAGUGUGUGUGUGUGUGUGUUUGUGUGUGAAGUCGAUGUUUUGUAGCCCGACUGCAGCUUUCAUCCAGCGAAAGCGACAGAGCAGAGAGGAGCUUCUCACAAAGCUGCAAACGUCUCCCAUUAUUUUGUUUUUAUUGGCAAACAAAAAUGAAGUCCAACCUCCAUUGAAUCCAUGACAUAAAAAAGACGGGAAAUAUCGAAGCGCAUCAGAGUCCCCUCAGUGCAGUUCUGGGGGUGUUGUGCAACCUGAAAAGCAACACGUUUCUAUAAACUUUGUGUGAAACUAACAGGAAUUUAAAUAAUGUGAGUCACCGCAUGCAUUUCUGGAUUGAAAGCAGAAAUCUUUCGUUUUACCAUCGCAGAGCAGUACAGUUGUUCACUGAAUACCGGCAGACGUGUCACACACACAAACAUGGAAACUGCGUCUUUUUUUUCUUUCUUUUUUUGGCUUGAUUUUUAUGAAAUCAUCAAAUGAAACAGUUUCCAUCCAAAAAAGUAAUAUUUUAUGUGAAUUUGAAAAUGUCUUGAAUUCCUGAUGCCAUUUAUUAUUAUUUUAAUGUCUAAUGCUAAUUUGGCUUUUAUGGAAUCAUGGCCACACGGUGUUGUUUUGGUGGGAUUUUGCUUUGACCCUGACGCGUGGUCAAUUAUAAAUGAGUGACCUCAACAGAAAGGCGCGCCUCGGGGUCACGGAAAAGUCCCCGAGUGCCUGCAGAUUACUGCCAAGCGUGGACAGAGUCUGGCAGCAUGGACAACUGCUGUUGAUGUUGUUGUUACCACGGAAACAGCGUUAUGUGUUUUUUCAUGUCCUGAGACACUUUACAUCACUUUUUUUGUGUCACCUUUUGUAAUACAAUUUUAACUCUACCUUUUUUUUCCCCACCACACACUCGGACUUGAUUUCAUAACUGUUUUUCUAUUUCCUCUUUUCCAAACUUUGGAUUUUAUCGACUCUUUUUAUACAUUUAUGGGAUCUUUGAGUAAUGUGUCCAGAAAAAGUGCAAAUUAAAUUGCAGUAGCUAGUUUUAAAGGAGUUCGAUUCCUUCCUGAAAGGCCAACACCUUACUUUUAGCAGCCCUGCGAAUGAAGUUUAUUUGGCUCUGGUGCAAUAAGGGGAAAUUUUAAAACUUUUUGGAAAAUGAAGCACACCUAUUGUACAUUCUUAUUUUUUCUGAGACAUGAAAGAAAUGGUAAAUAUUCUCUGGACAAUGAUAAGAACUUUGCUGCUGCUUUGAUUCAGGAAUGUAUUGUACCUCUCCAUUUAAUAAACACACUUUUUGGUUAGAACA